AAACAAAAACUGAAGGAUAACAAUAAUCGCCAUAAAUCCUUCCCCCAAAUAUUGUUUUUUAUGUAAACAGCUAUCUACAAAAUUUCUGUCAAAUCCGGUUUGAUAGGUUUUCGAAAAUUUAGCCAGUAAUAAUCGUUAAUUUGCAUUGGAAACGUAUAAAAUAAACUAAACCACAUUUAUAUGUAUAUAAAUACCUAUGUCGAUAAGGAGUAGCAGCCUUGAAAGGAAGUGGUAUAACACGUGGCUGUCAGCUGAUGCAUGCGCGUUUACUGACUUUCCAGCUGUUGACUGAUUUGUAAUGUUACAUCACUAAAAGUUUAGAGAUCUUUGCAACCAAGUAUGAAUUAGAACUAUCGCUCACAGCAUGGAGCAGUUUUCUGUUAUGUUGUUAAAAAAUUUAUAAUGGUAAUUAUCAUUUUCCUGUAAUAUAUUUACUAUGUAAAUAUAUAAAAAGAAAAGGUUAAUGAAAUAUAGAAAAUAUGGAAGAUAAGACAAAAAAGUUAUCACACUGGUAUUUUGGUGGACUUGCUUCUGCAGGUGCUGCUUGUCUAACCCAUCCCUUAGACUUGUUGAAGGUUCAUUUACAAACGCAACAAGAAGGUAAAAUAUCUAUAGUACGAUUAACAACUUCUAUAGUACAAAAUCAAGGAAUCUUAGCUUUAUAUAAUGGCCUUAGUGCUUCAUUACUUCGCCAACUUACGUACUCUACAACAAGAUUUGGAGCAUAUGAAGUGGGUAAACAAACUUUUGAGACACCUGGACAUCCAUUAUUAUUUUAUGAAAAAUUAUUACUAGCGGGAUUUUCUGGUGCAGUUGGCGGAGUUCUUGGAACACCAGCAGAUAUGAUUAAUGUACGCAUGCAGAAUGAUAUAAAACUUUCACCUGAACUUAGAAGGAAUUAUAAGCAUGCUUUGGAUGGAAUAGUAUGUGUAGUUCGACAAGAAGGUGUAGGUCAGUUAUUUAGUGGAUGUUCUACAGCGACAUUAAGAGCAGCAUUAAUGACUAUUGGACAACUAAGCUUUUAUGAUCAAGUUAAAAUUACAUUGAUAGAAAGUGGUUAUUUUCAAGAUAAUCCUGUAACUCAUGUAAUAUCAAGUGUAGCUGCAGGUGCGGUAGCUACAACUCUUACACAACCAUUAGAUGUUUUAAAGACACGAGCAAUGAAUGCUAAACCUGGAGAAUUUAAGAGCUUAAUGGAUCUAUUUUUAUAUACUGCUAAACUUGGGCCAUUAGCUUUCUUUAAGGGGUAUGUACCUGCAUUUAUCAGAUUGGCUCCACAUACCAUUUUUACUUUUGUCUUUCUGGAACAAUUGAGAGCUAAUUUUGGAUUCUAUCCUACUACUGUAAAAUGAUCAUAAACAUCCGGUGAUUAGGUGAAGUAUUUAUGUAGGAAUUGUACAAAACAAAUAAUUAGCACAAAUAUGAUGAAAAUAAGUCACCAAACGUUUGUCCUAACAUUGCUAACAGCUAUAAUUUGAAUUAUAGCUGUUUUAUACUUUGUGAGUUAACUUAUCAAGCUCAAUAAUCCAUCCAAAUAUUUAUAAAUAAUACUUCAUGAUAAUUUCCGAAUUAUCAUUAGUCCAAUUUGUUUAUAAUAAUAUACAUAAAUAUGCAAAAACCUUGUUACAAUAGUUUUAAAAUAAAUAACACUCAUAGAAAAAUAUUAAAUAACUAAAUUCAGAUAGGACAAACGUUAUUCUUUAGAUUGAAUUUGUUGUUAAAUUUAUGUGCAUGUUACGAACUAUCUUGUAUAAAAUUUUUAUAUCUUUACAUUAUCAUUUCUUUAAAUUUUACCAUAAUCAUAUUUGUACAAAUGUUAAAGUAUAUUGAUAUUUGUAACAUUUACAAAUUAUUAUUGUUAUGCUAAUGAUACGCAAUUAGCACGUAAAUUAUUUUACAAAGAGAAAACCAAUAUUUUUGUUUAGUUUUGUACAACUAUAUAAUUAUUAAGAGAUUGAUAUCUCAAAUCAUUAUCGUUUUUUAAGCUUGAUAUAAAAUAGUUUCAUAGUGGUUCAUACAUUCCUAAAAAUAUCAUUAUACUUAUAAUACUAUUGUAUACAGAGUUAUAUUUUUUGACAUACAACAGUAUAUUUUCCUUAUACAAAACUAUUCGUUUUAUAAGUGUUGACAAAAAGUCCUUAGAACAAAAUAUUUUUUUAAUUUGUUAAAAUGUUAUAGAAAUUCUAUCAAAAUAAAUUUAUCCUGUAGUUAUAAAUGUAUCUGUUGGUUUAUAUACAUUUAAAAUAACUGAAUAUUAAACUACUUAAGGCUUAAAUAAGUAAUUACAUAAAGUUAUGUUAAAACAUGCACCUAUAAAUGCAAUACUAUAAAUUUAUAAUAAAAAAAACAAAUUUCAGGAAUAACAAUUUUCUCAAAAUCCUUAGUAUUAAAUUGUAAUUAUUUUAACUGGUAAUUGAAGUAGUUAAAAAGAUCACACUAAUAAUUUGAAGUAGCAUAUGACUCUUACUUCGAGACAGAGUGAUAAGAUGCUUUUUCUAUCUUUUUGUUAUUAGUGUCAAGAAAUUUUAAUAUGCUUUGAUUUAUGAAAAAAUGCUAAAGGUAAACCAUGCUAAAAGGUAAUGGAACGGAUAAAGGUAACUAUAUAUAUCAAUAUUAUAAUAAUCCAGGAAAUGUAUUAAUACAUUAAUUGUUAGUUACAUUGUUUAAUAACAUAUAAAUUUUAUUUAAUUAAAAAAAAUAAUACAAUACUGUUUUUGUUACAUUGUUUACACUGAAACAAUAUUAGUUGAAAAAUAUACUAAAUGAUGGUAAACAUAAAGAGUAAUGAUAAUAAAAAGACUACAAAACAUUACUAGUCUUCAAUCUAAUAAUUACUUAUUGAAAUAUUUAAAAUACCUCUUAUCAUUACUUCAUAUCAUUAGAAUACUUCUUCUACUUUCAUUAUGGUGCAGAAUGAAAUACUUACAUUCCAAAUGUUGUUUUCAAAUUCACUAUAAUAUUUUGAUAACACUGCAAAUGAUAUUUAGGUUAACUUUUCACUGAAGAUUAAUAUAUAUAAUUACCUUUCAUGUUAAUAUACAAAAUAUUAAUUAUAUUGAAAAUGUGACAUAGUAAAAACGUAUCACUUGAAAAUUACACUAAUUUAAUUACUAUAAUAUGUAAUAAUAAUAUUAUAACAUAGCCAUACACACAAGUAUUUACUUACGCACACGUCCGGAAAUUCCCGUGAUCUUGGAAACGAGUGCCAUCUAUUUUAUUUUAGUACAAAAAUAUGAAACACAUUUGCAUCGCAAAUACCUUUUAUCGGUGCCGUUAAAAAUAGACAUGUGGAGUCUCAUAGUACCUAUUGUCACUAAUGAAGAGCAAAAGUUUCGUGAUUCUUCCGUUAGCCACCCAACGCUGCAAUCGUGAAAAAUCCAACACGUGUACAACUUAUAUAGUUGUAUUGUACGUACAAUAUUUAAAAAAUAAAAACAUAAAAAUGGCAGUAAA